AGGCACGCUAGCACAGCCCGCUAAACCCCAAUCAAGCGUUCCCUCCAUCACAUCAUCCAUCAUCCUCGUUUGCGGGCGGACCAUUGGCUUGCAUUAUGUCCUUUGGCGGUGGGACAUCGAUGGCUACUACAGAUGCCCCACUCGUUUCACCAACGCCAACGGCGACGACGGGUGCUCCGUCCUCAUCCACUUCACAUGCUCCCAUGAUGGCGACCAGUAGCUCGCAUCACAGCAGUCACAACAGCGGCCAUCCUCCUCCACCCGCCCCACCAACGGACAAUCCACUCUUCUCAUCAGACGAGGCCCGAUUCAUGACCGACUCCUUUGCCUCUGCCUUCUCCUUCGAUCCCUUUCAACACGGCGCACCCGGCUUCAAAGUGCCCGCUGUAUUACCUCCUGGCCUAAUUCAAAGCUUGACGGCACCCAACAACAGCAUGGCAAAUUCGAUGAGAUCAGGCAGCGGGGCAGGUCCCAGCUUACCGCCUUGGGACCCUUCAGUUCACUUUUCGCCUUCGUCAGGCUCGUCUGCGCUGCGCAGUGGUAAUAACAAUGGCGGUCCGUCUCGCUCGAGACAGCAGUCGUGGGCUCCAGGUCAGACGCCGCAUUCAAUGCAGCCAACGUCGCAUAACGCAGUGUCGGCAGACACGUCCUUCAACGACUUUGUGAGGCGUAAUUCGGCAUCGAUCGCUCAGCCAGGCUAUCAAAUACCGCAACGCCAGCAGCAAACCGCCUACCAUGGGACGGCGCAGAACGCUGCAUCAUCGUGGGGCUGGGGCCAGACGGCCUCUGGCUCGCAGGCAGAUCCAGCUUCGCAAGCUCGUCCUGCCGGUGGAGGAGCGUACGGACAGAGUCGUGAAUGGCAGAUGCAGCAGCUUCAGGCCUUGCAGGCAGAGCGUAGGCGGUAUAUGGAGUCGUUGCCUACCGCAGAAGCCUCUUCGUCGUCAUCAUCGUCAGGCGGCGGCGGCGGAGGCGGCGCCUACGCGUCUCCUCACUCGUCUGCUUCACCUAUGGGUGCUGCUCAGACUGGCCCGAGCUUGUCAUCUUUGGGCCUCUCUUUCCCCAGCAGCCACGACUUCCCUGCCGCUUCCCCACCAGAAGGUGUUGCGCACGGCAAUGGACAGCAAUCUGCGCAUCAACCGCCAACCAUUCCUGGACACAUCGCUGCUGCAUGGGGGCCAGAUGGUGACUCCGAGAUGGCGGAUCAGACGCAGCAAGCCAGCGGGUCACGCUCUUCGUCCAAGACUGGGAGAAGAACAGGCGACGCUGCAUCGGCUCCUGGUCCCGACUCGACCGCGGAUAGCGCAUUGACUCGCUCCGACUCCAGCUCGAAUCUGUAUCGCCCCUGGCCGAAAGCUCCCUCGCCAUCCAAGACGAGCGAAUCGUACCCUCCGCUCAAGCUCAAUCUGUCACGCGUGGAUCGAAAAGGUGUGGCGCCACACGUCGUCGAGGCCUUCUUUGGCAGGGAUGAGGCCGAAGAGAGAAAGCUUUUCCAGCCGCACCUCGUCGACUUGAAGGAACGCCGAAAAGAAGAGCGCGCAAAGAAAGCUGAGUUGCUAGAGGAAAAGAAGAAGAAAGCGUCGCAGAAGCGGGGCGGCGAUGCCGAAGAUGACGCUGAGGCCGGCGGCAAGAAGGCGUCGAGCAGUCCAGAUCCAGCGGCUGGAGGAGGAGAAAAGGGCAAGAAGGCGCCCCACGUCCUCCUGACGGAAGCUGAAAAGAAGGCCAAUCACAUCGCCUCGGAGCAGAAGCGUCGCGCCAACAUCCGCAAAGGGUACGAGAUGCUUUGCGCCGGCGUACCAGCGCUGCGUGAAGCCCUUGAGAAGGAGGGCAGUGGCGGAGCUGGUGGCACGGGUGACAAUGGGACCGCGGACGCAGACGCUUCGUACGAUGUGGGAGGAGAGCGCAUCGAUGGACGAGCGGGUCCACGCAGCGAGGCGGUAGUGCUGGGCAAGUCCGUCGAGCAUCUGAGGCAGCUCCUUGAGGAACACCGCGACUUGUGCUCGAGGCGAGACCACGCGAGGGCGAAGCUGGCGCGCAACAAAUUGGGGGUAGACGUUGUCGUUGCAAAUGGGGACGAGGACGACGACGACGUGGCUGGGGCUGAGGCAGCUUCUUCCACGAUGGGGACGACCAAGAAGGGCAAGGCAGGGGGUGCAGCAAAGGGAAAAGCGGGCAAGGCGGCGAACUCUACAGUUGACGGGGCGACUGCACCUUCAAGCAAGAAGGCGGCGGCGGCAGCGGCAGGAGGCAACAAGAAGGCGGCUAGCAAAGCAAACAAGGCUGCCGAGGAUACCACCAAAGUCAAGGAGGAGCAAAGCGUGGACGGUAUGCAGGAGGACUAGUGUGCGCUCCUCGCAUCUAAUUUCAUCUCGAUAGUGUAAGAUGUCUCGUCGUCACUCGUUUUUCAUCAUUAUCAUCAACGCGCUCUGGAAUCCACAUCGUUAGCAACGCGAGCGCGGCCCAGAAGACUGAGACGGCCGACGUCAUUCUUCGGAGACAGGGUUCAAGGUCCACAGUGUGCCGUCGCGCUGCCGUCAGGUCGACCCCCGAACGUCCGCUAUCGAUGUUGAGUGCUUGCUUUCAUGGAAGGGCUGUCCUGGCAUCGUCUUGGUGAUCGUUCGCCUUCCCAUUUGACCACCUGAUCCACGCGUGAGCCUUUGCUCCUCUCCUUUCUGUUCCUGCUUCCUGAGGACCCAGCUUUGCUCCCAUAGCCUGGGAACCUCGAGUGCGGCGGGCAGUGCGGCGAGGUGAAGACGGCAGGCUCGGCGGCAGAGAGACGCGGAGUGGACCCUUGCCUAGCUUCUGCAGCUUCGCUCGUCGC